GAGGGGUUUUUUUUUUAUAUUAGAAUAAGUAGAGAGUGUUAGAUGUAUGGCCUUACUUUUUCUACUUUUUUCUACUUUUUUACACCCUAAACCUAAAAAAUAAAUCAAAAAGAAAUUAAGUGGUCAUUUAGCAAAUUCGUUUUGGUAGGUGACUUCUUAAACUAGUAUUGGAGCACAAUUGAAAGAUUAUUUCACGUUAAUAAUUUAAACUAGUAUUGAUAUAGAACUUCAAAUUCUCAUGUUAACCUUCAAAUUGGGUUUGUAAAUUCUCAUGUUAACGGUUUAAAUUUAUAUUCCUAUAUAGGGAUGUAAUUACGAAAGUUCCUUGUAGAAUUAAAACUCGGAUGAGUUUCCUUAUUUAACCGAAAGUUCCUCCUAGAAGUUUGGCGGUUAUACUUUCUUUCCAAAAUAACCAUGACAGACGUAGACGAGCCUUUGACGCCGGCCGGCCGUUUAUUCAUCCAGCCGGAGAUGGACCAAGUCAUCAACUGCGCAGUUUCCGUCGACGAUUCAAUCGACGUUGAUGCGGUAAAGUUGGAAAUAAGCAAUUCAAUACUCGUUAAACAUCCCAGAUUCUCCAGUAUCAUGGUGAAAGACUCGUGUGGCCGUGAACGAUGGCGUAAAGUAGAAGUCAACGUCGAUGAACACUUCAUUAUUCGCCGUGAAUCUCAAAUAACUGAUGAUCCUUCGAUUUCUGAUGAAGAUGCUGUUAAUGAUUACUUAGCGGAUCUCUCUGUUUCGACUCCGUUAAGUUUAUCCAAGCCUUUGUGGGAAUUUCAUCUCCUGUUAGCUCAUAAAUAUGCUGUUUUGAGACUUCAUCAUUCUCUUGGUGAUGGAAUUUCACUUAUGUCCAUGUUCUUGUCUUGUUGCCGGAGAGCUGAUGAUCCUAAUCAGCGCCCCACUACUCAUGGUAUAGGAGCUUCGAGUUCAUCAAACGAUCGAAAGAUAUGGAGCUUGUUGACAAAGUUGUUGAAAGUGAUAUGGUACACGUUGGUGUAUGUUAUAGAGUUUGCUUUGAGGACUUUGUGGUUGAAAGAUAAGAGGACAGCCAUAAGUGGCGGAGCUGGAGUUGAGCUAUGGCCGAGGAAAUUGGCCACAGCCAAAUUCAAGAUUGAUGACAUGAAGACGGUCAAAAAAGUCAUCCCUAAUGCUACCAUCAACGAUGUCCUCUUUGGAAUCAUAUCAUGUGGACUCUCUAGGUACCUGGAUCUUCGUUCACCUAAAGCUCUGAAAGAAGGGCUUCAGCUCACUGGAGCUGCCAUGAUCAAUUUAAGAAAACAAUCCGGAUUACAGGACUUUUCACAGCUGAUGGACAGCAAAAAGGGGGCACGGUGGGGUAACAAAUUUGGGAUGUUACUCUUACCAAUUUAUUAUCACAAAGGGGGAAGUGAUCCAUUGCAGUUUGUAAAGAGAAGUAAAGCAAUGAUAGACAAGAAAAAGUUAUCACUAGAGGGUCCUUGCUCCUACAAAAUUGGAAACUUUGUCAUGUCCUUUUUUGGUCCUAAGCUAGCUGGGGUGCUCAACUACAGAAUUCUUAGCAACACAACGUUCACAAUCUCAAAUGUGAUCGGCCCUCAAGAGGAUAUCACCUUCGGAGGGAACCACAUAUCAUCAGUUAGAGUCACUUCUUCUUCCCUGCCCCAUGCAAUCACAAUGCACAUGGUGAGCUACGCCGGGAAGGCUGACAUGCAAAUAUCGGUGGCCAAAGACAUCAUCCCUGAUCCCAAAGUUCUAGCCAAGUGUUUUCAAGAUGCCUUACUGGAAAUGAAGGAAGCUGCAACAACUAUUGCCAAAAGUUAAACUUAUAGACUACACACGGUAUGUUGUUGUAGUUGUUGUACACAUCAGACAGCGCAAAGAACUUUUUCUUUUUUCUGCCUCAUUUUCGAGGUUACCGGUCCUCUUUUAUUGGCAGCAAGGUAUAUAUAUAUAUAGCUAUUUUUUUGUUAAGGAUAGUGAUUUACUCAUAAAAAUAAAGAGGUAGAAGGGGGAGGGAAGGGGCUAUGUAAUUUAGAGGAACAAUUACUUGUAAAAGAGUUGAAUACAGAAGUACCUUACAUAAUCUUUGUUGUUAUUGGAGUGUAAAUAAUUAACUCCUAAUGAAUUGGCACAUUAAUUGAGGCCGCUUUUUUCUUCUUUA